AUGGACAGCCGUGAGGACGAGCAGGAGCGGGGAAUCACCAUGAAAUCAAGCGCGGUGUCGCUCACAUUUAAGCUCCGCACGAUCCAGAAAGAUGGAUCUGUAGACGCCAUCCAAGACUAUACACUGAAUCUCAUCGAUACCCCUGGUCAUGUAGACUUUUCGUCUGAAGUGUCUACGGCUGCGCGGCUGUGUGACGGGGCUCUAGUCAUCGUAGAUGUGGUCGAGGGUGUUUGUGCGCAGACGGUAAAUGUAUUACGACAGGCAUGGCUCGAUGGUCUUCGCACAGUGCUUGUGGUGAACAAAAUGGACCGCCUCAUAACUGAAUUGAAACUGACACCCACAGAAGCGCACCAUCGUUUGCUACAGUUACUGGAGCAAGUAAAUGCUGUCAUAGGUGGAUUCUAUGCGGCAGAACGCAUGGAGCAGGACCAGCGCUGGUACGAGGAGCGCGAGCGCCUGCGUGAGGAGAAGGAACAACUGCACCACGGCGACCUGCCGCAGGAUCACACUGCCGAUGAAACAGACUUGCCUGAACACGGAGAGUAUGAAGAUGCCGACCUGUAUUUCGAUCCUGCGCGGGGCAACGUGAUUUUUGCAAGCGCCGUCGACCAUUGGGCAUUCCGCCUUGAGCGCUUUUCUCAUAUGUAUGCACAAAAGCUUGGGAUCAAAGAAGACAAGAUUCGCCAGUUUCUUUGGGGUCAUUAUUAUCUGGAUCCGAAGACGAAGCGUGUCUUGUCGCAAAAGCAGCACGAUCGUGAAAAGCGCGUCAUGAAGCCCAUGUUCGUGCAGUUUGUUUUGGAUAAUAUAUGGAGCGUAUACGAACACACGGUGAUGGAGCGAGACCAAGACAUGAUUGACAAGAUCAUCGCGACGUUACAGCUUUCUAUCCAUCCACGCGACAUGCGCGCCAAGGAACCUGCGAUGCUCAUGCAGGCUAUUAUGAGCCAAUGGCUACCUUUGUCAGCAUGCACUUUUAAUGCCAUCGUGCGGUGCUUGCCAUCGCCCGCGGAGGCGCAAAUGCAGCGAGUUCCGCGUAUGAUUCGUCCCGAGCUUGGCUUUUUCGCCUCAGAUUCGGAGCUUGCGCCGACGAACGAUCUCGAGCGUGAUCUGUUUGGAUCGCGCUCUGGGCCUGAGGCUGUCACGGUGGCGUAUGUGAGCAAGAUGUUCGCCGUGCCCAAAGAAGAUAUGCCUGAGUGCAAGCGUGUCCAGCUGACGGCCGACGAAAUGCGUGAGCGCGGACGGCUUCAGCGAGAAGCCAUGGCAUCGACAGGAGCUGAGGCAGCCGCCUCUGCGCCUAAUACCCAUGAGGAUGCCGACGAGACGCCGAGGGAGAAAGAGGAUGGAUCAGAGGAAGUUAUUCUUGGAUUCGCUCGUUUGUACAGUGGCAGUGUAAGUGUGGGCGAGACAGUCUCGGCCAUACUACCCAAGUACGACCCCUCACGCGCGCCCAGUGACGCAGUUAAUCAGCCCUAUAUCCGUGAAUGCAAGAUUCAAGCGCUGUACAUGAUGAUGGGCCGUGAUCUGAUUGCCGUGCAGCGAGUGCCAGCUGGUAAUGUUUUCGCGAUUCGUGGCUUGGACGGCGUGGUUCUCCGGAACGGUACCCUGAUGCGAGCGCCACACGGUGCUCAGCUGCGUGAGGUGGUGAAUUUGGCGGGCAUGAAACGUCAUGCUACGCCUAUCGUGCGCGUUGCUCUCGAGCCUCGAAGUGCCGCGGACAUGCCACGUCUUGCUGAGGGGCUGAAGCUGUUGAACCAGGCCGAUCCGUGUGUGGAAGUCCUUUUUCAGGAAAAUGGCGAGCAUGUGAUCUUGACGGCCGGCGAAUUGCACUUGGAACGUUGUCUUCGGGACCUUCGAGAGCGGUUCGCUCGCUGUGCUAUCCAGUCGUCGCCGCCACUUGUGCCGUUCCGUGAGACGUGUGUGAAAGCCGCCAAUUUGCCACCACCCAAAACGCCGGGUGCCCUCACGGGGCACGAUCGAGGGCACGGCUUUGCAAGGUGCCGUUGUUUUUACCAUCCGUGCAGUGCCAAUGCCCUCGUUGCUCACUGA